ACCAUGUCCACAUCAUCUGUCCCAUCGUCCAUGUGUGAUGGGAUCUCCCAUGCAACCCCUGUUCCCAUAUGGAAACAUGGCCCUCCACGGCCUCCACCCAUGCGCAUUGCAGAUAUCACCGUACCCUCCUCCAUACAGAAUCGUCAGAUUGAACAGACAGACUCCUUCGAGACGCCGGUCUGCGAUCCGCUCUUCGAUCCGCGCUACGGGCCUACCGCACGCCUGGUCGUAUAGCUGCAACGGGCCAAGAUAGUUGCAAACUCUACCUCAGGGACUACG